UAUGUUGUUUAAAUAAAAUUGCUCAUUGUUUAGAAAGUUAUUAAGUUAGAAAUGUUUAAUGAUGCCAGGAGCAUACAAUGGUAUGGUUGGUAGAUAAUGUGCAGAUAAUGGUUUUGAAGCUUUAUACAUAUCAGGUGCUGCAGUCACUGCAUCAAGUGGAGUCCCAGAUAUUGGGUAUAAUUUAGAGAUUAGUGUUUAAGCAUGGUAACUUUGGAUGGAUUCUGUAAGACAAUCAAAGAUGUUGCUCUUGCUUCAGGAUUACCAAUUUUGGCUGAUGCAGACACAGGAUUUGGUGAAGGAGAAAUGUGUUCUAAAACAGUUUGGGAAUAUUUCAUACAUGGAGCAUCAGGUCUACAUAUUGAAGAUUAAGUAUUUCCAAAACGUUGUGGACAUUUAGAUGGUAAGGAAUUGGUUCCAUCUGAUGUAAUGGAGAAAAAGAUAUAAAUAGCUAAAAAUGCAAGUGUUUAAUGUAGUGGAGGAGAGUUUGUCAUUUGUGGUAUAUAAUAUAAUUAAAUGUUAUUAUAGCACGUACUGAUGCUAGAGGUACACAUGGAUUAGAUGAAUGUAUUAAAAGAAGUAAGGCAUAUAUGGAUGCAGGUGCUGAUAUGAUAUUCCCUGAAGGAUUACAUACAAAAGAAGAAAUGGCUAUUGUUGCAAAAGAAUUGAAAUCUAAGAAUCCAAAUAUUUAUUUAUUAGCUAAUAUGACAGAGUUUGGAAAGACUCCAUAUAUUUCAUUAAAAGAAUUUGAAUAAAUGGGUUAUAAUUGUGUUAUCUAUCCUGUUUCAACAUUAAGAAUUGCUAGUAAGGCUAUUGAUGAAUUUUUGAAAUAAUUGUAAAAGGAUGAAUCUUAAGUAAAUUCAGUUUAAAAGUAAAGAAAAUUAAAUAAUUUAUAAGUAUGUAAACACGUAAAGAAUUAUAUUCUACUUUGGGAUAUACACCUGGUAAGGAAUGGUAUUUUCCAAAUUCAAAGAAACAAUGAU